AUGUCUCCAUAUCGCAUGGUUUACGGUAAGGCUUGUCAUCUUCCUGUUGAAUUAGAGCAUAAGGUGUUUUUGGCAAUUCAAUUUCUUAACUUUAAUGCAAAGGAGGCUGGUAAAAAACGACUACUACAAUUGAAUAUGAUGGAUGAAAUGUGCCUCCAUGCCUAUGAGAGUGCCAAAAUAUAUAAAGAUCGCACCAAACAAUGGCACGAUAAGCAUAUUAUCAUGAGGAAUCUAAAGGUAGGCCUGCAGGUAUUGCUCUAUAACUCCAGACUCCGCCUAUUCCCUGGUAAGUUGCGCUCUAGAUGGUCUGGUCCAUUCACAAUCAAGGAAAUUUUUCCUCAUGGAGCCAUUGAAAUAGUGGAUCAUGGAGCCAUUGAAAUAGUGGAUGGUAAGUCAAAUCGAAGUUUCAAGGUUAAUGCUCAACGUUUGACAGUUUAUCAAAAUGACAACUUUGAGCCCUCAAGAGUACAAUCGGUCUCGUUUAACCUAAACUAG